CCGCUGCUUGAAUGUUUGUUUCAACUGGAGUGUUUGAGUUGGGUAAGCUGAACGAUGGUAGAAAGCACGUACUCGUAACUAGCCAACUGCUCUUUUGAACCGAACCUCGUCAAGUCUCUCUUCUAACUGGCUUCGAAAAGCAGCAGUCAUGGACGUGGAUCCGCAUCUUCGUGACAUCCAGCGCCAAUAUUUGGACUUUCUGGAUGACGAUUCUGAUCAAGGAAUCUAUCAUGAGAAAGUGCGUGAGAUGAUAAGACGCGGCGAGUAUCGCCUGCUUGUCAACCUGAAUGAUUUGCGACGCAAACAAGGUUACACUACGCGUGCUGAAAACCUGUUGAAAGCUGCCAACGAGGAGCUAAUUGCGUUUCAGAAUGCCCUGCGUGAGUUUGUCAGCUCAGUCGACACAGCCUAUAGCAAGGAAUUUGAAGAGUUCUUUGUUGGGUUUGAAGGAAGCUUUGGUGACAAGCAUGUCACACCGCGAUCAUUGUCUGCUAGACAUCUCGGCAACUUGGUCUGUGUAGAAGGUAUUGUGACAAAAGCAUCGCUUGUCCGGCCCAAGAUCGUUCGCAGUGUUCACUUUUGCCCUGCUACAAAGAAGUCCACCCAGCGCACAUACACAGAUCUGACGUCCCUGGAAGCAUUCCCGUCCUCAUCCGUCUACCCGACUAAGGAUGAUGAUGGCAAUCCUUUAGAAACCGAGUAUGGCUUGUCAGUGUACAAAGACCAUCAAACUAUCACAAUCCAGGAAAUGCCAGAGAAGUCUCCAGCUGGUCAGCUACCACGCUCAGUUGAUAUUAUUGUAGAUAAUGACUUGGUGGACAAGUGUAAGCCUGGUGAUCGCGUGCAGAUCUCUGGUACAUAUCGUUGCUUACCAUCCAAGAAAGGUGCCUUUACGACUGGAAACUUUAGAACUAUUCUCCUGGCUAACAAUGUCAUGACACAGUCAAAGGAGACGACUCCUCUCCUCUCGGUUGAUGACGUACAGAAAAUUCGCCAGUUCUCCCGUCAGCGCAAACAUAAUGUGUUUGACACACUUGCUCGCUCUCUAGCUCCCAGUAUUCACGGACAUGAGUUCAUCAAGAAGGCAGUGCUCUGUUUACUACUGGGUGGUGUGGAGAAGACGCUGGACAAUGGCUCCCGUCUCCGUGGUGAUAUCAACGUGUUAUUGAUUGGUGAUCCAUCCACAGCCAAGUCGCAGAUGUUACGCUAUGUACUGCGAACAGCACCACGCGCUAUCACUACAACCGGACGUGGUACAUCCGGUGUUGGUCUCACAGCAGCUGUUACUACCGACUCUGAAACAGGUGAUCGGCGAUUGGAAGCAGGGGCCAUGGUCCUGGCUGACAGAGGUGUUGUGUGCAUUGAUGAAUUUGACAAGAUGAGUGAUAUUGAUCGUACUGCUAUUCAUGAAGUAAUGGAACAAGGUCGUGUCACAAUCAGCAAGGCUGGUAUUCAUGCACAGCUCAAUGCUCGAUGCAGUGUACUAGCUGCUGCUAACCCCGUCUAUGGACGAUAUGAUGAAUACAAGAAUCCCAUGGACAACAUUGGUAUGCAAGACUCUCUGAUCUCUCGUUUCGACUUGCUCUUUGUGGUGCUGGAUGAGCGGGAUCCGGAGCAUGAUCGGGAUAUUUCUGAACAUGUGCUGAGAAUGCAUCGGUACCGAGCACCUGGCGAGCAAGAAGGAGAAGUGCUACGCUUUGAAGGUGAUGGUGACGCACUAACGACAUUUGAUCUCAACCAACAGGAAGAGGAAGAGGAGACACCUAUCUACGAGAAACAUGACAAUAUGCUGCACGGUGAUCGCAGUAAGAGGGAGAAGAUUGUCUCUGCUAAGUUCAUGAGGAAGUACAUUCAUGUGGCAAAGGCGCUCAAGCCUGUACUGACCAGAGAGGCAUCGGACUUGAUUGCCACAGAGUAUUCUAAACUCAGAGUCCAAGAGAACACAGACAACGACAAGGCAAAAACGCAACCGGUGACAGCGCGUACUCUGGAAACUAUGAUUCGUCUUUCCACUGCGCAUGCCAAGGCUAGAAUGAGCAAGGAUGUCAUGAAGGUGGAUGCUGAGACGGCCAUUGAGCUAGUAAACUUUGCCUACUUCAAGAAAGUCUUGCACAAGGAGAAGAGCAAGAAGGCACGUGCCAGUGAUGGCGAAGAAGAAGAAGAGGAAGAGGAUGAGGAACAAGUAGAGGAGGAAGAGCCAAUGGAGCAGGACGAUGCUGCUGCAGCGGCUCCAGAGGAUGCUGCUCUCAAGAAGCCUGCGCAGCAAAGGCGCAAGCGUUCUGAGGGCUAUGAUCCGUACGACUUUGAGGAAGGUGAUCAAGACACCGCAGAACCAGCUUCGAAGCGCCGACGAGCAGCGAAGAGAGCAACAUCCACAAGUGCAACACCAGCACCUGCAGCGCCGGCAGUGAAGGUGUCUACAGAACGGACUGCGGCUUUCCGCUCUGCACUCAACCGUGCAUUCCACUCGAAUAACAGUCAGAAUAUGUCUCAAGGCGACCUCACUCAACUCCUCAACCAACACAUGAAGAAAACUGGCAAGGAUCUGUACACAACGCCUGAAGUCAAUGUUUUACUGGCUGACAUGCAUGAUGAGAAUGUUGUCAUGGUUACUGACGGUGAGGUCUUCUUGAUCUAGAUGAGCACACAUGGCCACUGUCCGACCAUACGUACAUCAUGCCACUUAGCAUCCCACCAUGUGUACAUGACAUUUGCCACCCGACCAUGUGUACAUGAUGCUUAGCAUCCCACCAUGUGUACAUGACGUUUGCCACCCGACCAUGAUGUACAUGAUGCUUAGCAUCCCACCAUGUGUACAUGACGUUUGCCACCCGACCAUGAUGUACAUGAUGCUUAGCAUCCGACCAUAUGUGCCUUAGCCUCCCACCAUAUGUACAUGACGUUUAGCAUCCGACCCUUCGCAUAUGGCGUUUAGUAUGGGUGACGACAACAGCAGCAGCAGCAGCAGCUACAACAGCUGCUGCUGCUGUUGUCCUCUUCUGCUGGCUUCCCCUUUUCGGCCAAGCUCUGCGGCUUCUUGACACAAUACCUGAGAAGAGGAGCUCGAUUUCUCUAGUUUCUUUUUUGACAUUGCUCGUGCAACUCUCUUUUUCUGCUCUUGUCUUUUGUAUUCCGGUUUUCAACUUUCUAAAUGAGUGGUCUCAUGUUUUUUAUUGUUUUCUGGAGUUGACAUAUUUCCUUUUUUACUUGCUUUGUACAAAAUACUUCAGUGGCAAUACUAGAAUAAGUGUCAUGCCUACUCUACAGCCAGUACAGGCUAUAGGCCUAUAGGCAGUUUAUAGGCAGUUUGUCUGAUUACAUGUAGUGAUGUUGUGUUGCUGUACUGCUGUUGUGCUGCUGCUGCUGCUGCUGCUGCUGCUGGUUAGGUGUCUGUCCAUUGCUAGCGAUUACUCUGCUCAGCUCUACUUCUAAAAUACCUCCUUGCCCGGGAGUAGCUGUAUUGGCAGUGUUCUGUCUGCAUCUUGUAUUCCCAUCCAUGGCCCAUAGCGGA